AGGGUGCUGUUUGUCAGCUCGUUCGGUGGGACACUGGCCGUCAACUUUGGUUUGGUUCCAUCUGGAUAUAUCUUCCUCAGAUGGGAUGAUAUCUAUUCAAAUUUCCAGAUUUGGCGAUUCUUCACGCCGUUCCUCUUCUAUGGUAAGCUGGGAUUCAAUUUUAUAGUACAUAUGAUAUUUUUAUAUCAGUACUCGAAACUUCUAGAGACGGAGACGUACGAAGGAAAACCUGCGGACUAUCUUUGGUUGCUGAUUGUGAAUUCCUCUCUACUCAUUAUUUUUGGAUUUCUGUGGCCGCUGCGUGUCCUGUCCAUCUCUCUGCUGCUGUCAUUGGUCUAUGUUUGGUGUCAACUCAACAAGGACACGGUGGUCAGCUUCUUCUUUGGUCUUCGAUUCAAGGCUCAGUAUUUCCCGUGGGUACUGAUGGGCUUUAACAUCCUGAUGGGUGGAUAUCCUCUGCUGGAAUUCAUUGGUGUGAUGAUCGGGCACAGUUUCUGGUUCAUUACGUACUACUUCCCAGAGAAUAAUGGUUGGAGUCCGCUACCUACACCCGAAUUUCUGCGUGAAUAUUUCCCAGACAGGCGUCUGAUAUCUGGCACACACGGGGCGCCAGUGGACCGUGGAGCUACAUUCGAACAAAGAGCCGCCGCGGGCAAUGUGCGGCAGAGAGGAUACGACUGGGGUGCUGGACAAGCGCUAGGCAACUAAAUACAUUAAAUACAUAUCAUGAUGAAAGCAGAUGAAGGAGCGUGAGCGUUUCAGAAGAGUGUCUCUGCCACAAACCGGGCGAAAGGCGACUCGACGAUCGCUCACCUGAGGGCCGUGCAAUUGUGGUACAACUAUGUCUAUCACUUGCAAAGUAUAUCGAUAUUGUAAAUAAAAAUCAGCAAGUGGGUCGAGUGAUGCAGUUGACUGUCUCGGUAUGCUGCAAAUACACCAGUGACUGUGGGAGUAUUGGAUUUGCGGACAGCUCCUACGGUUCGCUUAUCAUCUAUAAUCCACCGGGGCUUCUGACCAACUCGGGAUAAAAAUAAAUGCAAAACGGACUAUGUCCAAACUACGUAUGCACAUCCAUAUACAGACAAUUUUUGAGGUUUAUUGGGUAGCUUUAAACAAGUUUAUGAGGUUGUUGAGCAGCUUUAAUGCUCUACAAGACUAUUGUCAAAAUACCAUUUCCAUAGUAUUGAGGUCCGUGUAGUUGAACUUGUUCCCUUGUUCUGACUGCAACGGCGCAAACAUCAUAGAUGUUAGUGCGCGCGGUGACCGUGGGCUGGACGGGGUUGGGCGACCCAAUCGAGGACAGUAUGAGCUGUCUGAGUUUAUCCUAACGAAGGGGCUAUCAAGCUCGCCGGUGGGUGAUAGUUUAUGUAUGAAGUUCCGACUUUUGUUCGACGGCAAGAGGUCGCUUUGCUGUCGGCAGCCGAUGCCUCCGGCUUGUGUUGAUUUCGUUUGCUGUAUCUCUAGAUGUGUUCACUGACGUAGCCAUUUUGUCUGUACCACGCGCAGCCAGAUUCUCCUUACCACAACAAGUAAUAUACCUAUUUUGGCUGUGACUAUCUGUAUGUUGUUGUUGAGAAUCUAUCCGUUGCUCUGAUAAAUCUAUCCGUCGUCCGCUUAUGUCAGUUCGUUGUCCACCCGUCGAUUCCGCCUGAUCUUGUUGCUCUGUACGCGUCCCCACCGGUGUGGAAUGCUGAAAUUGUAAGUCCGCAUCUUUAUCUGAUGUUUGUUGGCUGCGUUUAUUUCCAAAGUAUAAGUCGAUCGUGAAAUCUUCAAGCGCUAUGAUAUUCUGUCUGCGAAUAGCCUGUGUUGGGUCUGAAUUUUGUUUUACAAGUCUGCUUGAACCUAUGGAAUUUGGUAAUCUGGCUUUAGUCAAUUUAGGAGGUGGUGCAUUGGUAUACAUUUUAUGCAUCGCAAAGGCCAUAAUUCUAAUUCUGAUGCGAAUACCGAUGCAAAAUUGCCUAAAAUACAAAUAAGAAAGAAGAUGGCUUCUGUUUCACUUAAAUAGGUCUAGAAAGAAAUUUGUGUACAUGAAAGUACUGUAUGUAACUGCAUGAACCUUG